AGGUGAUUAGAGAGCACUGGUGUGGAUAUAUUUGGACACAGAUUCCUUUGCAGCACUGUCUCUUGAUCUCCAGCACAACACUUCAAGACCUGUCUCGUGUCACACACAAACUCCCACAUGGCUGAAGAGAACAUGGAGCUUAGUGAUGUGGAAACAUCCUUGGUGGACCACAAGAAAACACUGACCAGUCCUCAAAACAUGUUUGAGCGCCUGGUCCAGCCCUGCCUGGCAGAGCUAGUGGGGACAAUGUUCUUUGUGUUCAUCGGGUGCGUGUCGGUCAUUGAGAAUGUGGAGGCAGCAGGGAGACUGCAGCCAGCAUUGGUGCAUGGGCUAGCUGUGGCUGUGCUGGUGGCUUGCAUGGCUGAGAUCAGUGGCUCCCAUUUCAACCCCCCUUUCACCUUGGCUAUAUACCUGUGUGGAGGCAUGAAGCUGAAAAUGGUAGCCCCCUACCUCAUUAGUCAGCUGAUAGGAGGGAUCGUGGGGGCGGCCAUGGCCAAGGUCAUGACCCCAGCAGAGAACUACGCCCGGGCCCAGGGGGGCGCCUUCUCCCUGCUGCAGUCCGAGACGCAGCUGUGGGGCGCUCUGUUUGGGGAGGUGGCCAUGACCUGCCUCAUCACCAUGGUGGUGCUGCUGGGGGCCGUCAACGCCAAGAGCAGGAGCCCCCUGGUGCCCUUCAUGGUGGGCUGCACUGUCAUCAUCAACGUGCUGGCAGGAGGAGAUGUAUCUGGAACCUGUUUGAACCCAGCCAGAGCCUUGGGUCCUGCAGUCAUGACCAACUAUUGGACCUACCAUUGGGUAUACUGGGUUGGACCCAUUACAGGAGGCCUAAUAGCAGCUGCCUUGGUCAGACUUCUUCUCGGAGACAAAAAGACUCGUGUCAUCCUGAAAUAAAGAUUAAAUGAAUCACGUUGCCAUUUCUCUAAGAUGUUUGUUCAUGGCUGCAACUUGUUUGUUAUUUGUAGACAUAAAUGGACGCAAAAGUAAUACCUUUUUGUAAGUUUAAAUUAGAUUUCAAUUUAUCUGUAUGUUUUUGAAUUUAAUAAUAGUCCCUGUGCUCGUAUUUGAGCUUGAGAUGAGAUUUUUUUAUUAAUAAAAAUGUAUAUUCAUACGGACACUAAAGCCA